CCUUGUUCUUGGCCUACUUUGUCAGUAAUGAUGCAGGGGAGCAAGCUCGAUAUUUCCAAGGGAUGAUACGCGAAUAAUGGAACAAAUUUUCUGUAUAAGACAUUUUAUUAUUUUCACAUAUUUUCUUUAGAAUUUUAUUAACAUUUUAUCACAUUUUAAAACGUAAAUUUAAUUAAUAAAACGUCCGAUAAUGUAAAAAAGAUGCAAACUAUUUAUAAAUACUGAACAGUUAAUUUGGGUGACAUAAAAAAUACGCAUAUGAAACACAAAAAGUGUUGCAAAAUAAUUACAAAUGCAUGUGAAUUAUAAUUUUCUUGCAUUUAUAAUAUUUUAUACACAAUGAAUUCAAUUACUUGAAAAUUUUCAUUCGCAUACUUUUAAGAUAAAUCUUAUUUAUCUAUAUCAGUUAAAUAUUUAUGAAUAGUUAUCACAAUCUCUAUUUUUGAAUUGCAAUAUUAAUUAUUUUAUUAAACUCAAACACACAUAGUUCAUGCAGUUCUAUGUAGAUAUGAUAGAUAAAACCAAAAGUUGUCGAAUGGCAACUGAACGCAGUUGGAUAGAGGCAACUUUUCAAAAAAGAGAAUGUUCAAAAUUUAUUCCAAGUGCAGAUGAUGAACACAAGUUUAUGCAAGUAAAAGGAGAUAAGAAUGCUGAAUAUGAUGUGAUUACCACUUCCAGAUGUUGUUGUGGAUAUUCUUAUACUCAUCACUGCAGAGCUGGUAUAGAUGUUCAAAGUUACACUCUUAGCAAUACCAAAGAAAAAGAUCGGGAACAAUGGUCUCCCGCUAAAAAUACGCGUCCAUUUCCUACAGAUGCAUAUGGUACCAUUGAGUUUCAAGGUGGACCUCAUCCAACUAAAGCUCAAUAUGUGAGACUUGCUUAUGAUACAAGACCGGAACCAAUAGUACAUUUAUUGUGUCGAGAAUGGAAUUUGGGAUUACCUAAACUACUCAUAACUGUACAUGGUGGUCGUUCUAAUUUCGAACUGCAGCCUACUUUGAAAAAAGUUUUGCGAAAAGGUUUAUUAAAAGCUGCAAAGACAACUGGAGCAUGGAUAUUUACAGGUGGAACCAAUACAGGUGUAACCAGACAAGUUGGAGAUGCUCUGUUAUUAGAAAGAUCUCAAAGACAAGGUCGGGUUGUAAGCAUCGGCAUAGCUCCAUGGGGAAUUUUAGACAAAAGUCACGAACUUGUAGGCCGUGGAGGCGAAGUACCUUAUGAUUGCCUUUCAUCUCCAUGGUCUAAAUAUGCAGUUUUAAACAACCGCCAUGCAUAUUUUUUGUUAGUCGAUAACGGUACCGGUGGUCGAUAUGGUGCAGAAAUUGUGUUACGUAGAAGAUUAGAAAAAUAUAUUUCAAAUUUAAAAUUACAACCAUAUACACAUAGCAGUAUUCCUGUUGUGGCAUUAGUCAUUGAAGGAGGUACAAAUACAAUUCGAUCGGUUUUAGAAUAUGUCACAGACGUUCCACCUGUUCCUGUAGUAGUCUGUGAUGGUUCAGGUCGCGCAGCUGAUCUUAUUGCUUUUAUGCAUAAAUACGCAUCUGAAGGAGAUGGAGAAAACGGGGAUAUUGAGGGACCAUUAGAAAGUAUGAGAGAACAUCUUUUAGAUACAAUAAAACGCACUUUCAAAGUAUCUGCCGAACAAGCAUCACAAUUGUACUCUGAAUUACUGCAAUGUACGCGUAAGAAACACUUGAUAACAGUAUUUAGAAUAAGUCAAGAGCGACCACAAGAACUCGAUCAAACGAUUUUGACAGCUUUAUUUAAGUCUAAACAAUUAUCUCCAGCUGAACAACUAUCGUUAUCUUUAAUUUGGAAUAGAGUAGAUAUAGCACGUUGUGAAAUAUUUGUGUACGGGCAAAAUUGGCCAGCAGGUGCUUUAGAGCAGGCAAUGAUGCAAGCUCUGCAACAUGAUCGCAUUGAUUUUGUGAAACUUCUUUUAGAAAAUGGAGUCUCUAUGCGCAAAUUUUUAUCUAUACCUCGGCUCGAAGAAUUAUAUAAUACCAAAGAAGGUCCAUCAAAUACAUUGGGUUACAUUCUUCGCGAUGUUCGACCAAAUAUUCCACGAGGUUAUAUGUAUACUUUGCAUGAUAUCGGUCUUGUAAUAAAUAAAUUAAUGGGCGGAGCGUAUCGAUCUCAAUACACACGCAGAAGAUUCCGUAUGAUCUAUACCAAAGUAAUGAAAAGAUCUGGAGCACAUCCUCAACAUUUACAUCGAAAUAGUUGUGUAUUGGGUAACACUACUCGUUACUAUUCAGGAUCUGGUAGCAAACAAGAUAGUUUAACGAUGAGUUUGCUUGCUGAAACUUUGCCGGCUAAUAGAGACACACCGCUUUUUGAUUAUCCAUUCAAUGAAUUGCUUAUAUGGGCUGUAUUAACAAAACGUCAGCAAAUGGCUCUCUUAAUGUGGCAACAUGGAGAAGAAGCUUUAGCAAAAGCAUUAGUUGCCCUUAAAUUGUAUAAAGCCAUGGCACAUGAGGCUGCUGAGGAUGAUCUUGAAACAGAAGUUUAUGAUGAAUUACGAAGUUAUGGAAAAGAAUUUGAAAAUAUUGCUCUGGAAUUAUUAGAUUUUUGUUAUCGUCAGGAUGACGAUCAAACGAAACAACUAUUAACAUCUGAACUCCAAAAUUGGUCUGGUCAAACGUGUCUUUCAUUGGCAGUCACGGCCAAUCAUCGACCUUUAUUAGCACAUCCUUGUAGUCAAAUCAUUUUAGCUGAUUUGUGGAUGGGUGGUCUUCGUACGAGAAAAAAUACAAAUUUAAAAGUCGUACUUGGACUGAUUUGUCCAUUUUAUAUAAUAUGUUUGGAAUUUAAAAGUCGCGAGGAAUUGCAAUUGAUGCCUCAAACUCAAGAAGAACAUUUAAUCGCUCUUGAAGAUGAGAAAGAAGAUAGUGAUUCCGAACAUGGUAUACCAACAGGUCCAGAUGUCGAGAAACGUCAGCGCAGGAGCCUGAGCGUACGCAACAAAUCCAGCAGCCAACAAGGCGCUAAGUUAUCAUCAAGGAAAACUUCUAUUUAUUCAGUAUCGGAAUCCGUACCGGCUUUAAUUAGCAACGAACAUACUACAACUAUUGUGAAGGAAACAAUUGUACAAGAAAAUGGUAAAGUACUAACAGAUAAUGAUGAUGGAAUUCAUCGUGCAUAUGGUAUUCAUUCUGAUUACUAUGAUAUCAAGAAUAGCAGGCCAUUAAGAUUGAGGAAAAAAUUGUACGAAUUUUAUACAGCUCCAAUUACAAAAUUUUGGGCGAAUGCUAUAGCAUAUAUGAUAUUUCUAGUUCUCUUUUCAUACUCUAUUCUUAUACACAUGGAUGAUCAUCCAUCAUUAGCAGAAAUUUAUGCAAUUGCAUAUAUUUGCACAUUAGGAUGUGAAAAAGUACGCGAAAUCGCAACAUCUGAGCCAGCUACUCUUUCGCAUAAAUUUAGUGUAUGGGCGUGGAACAUGUGGAAUCCCUGUGAUGCAGCUGCUAUUAUAUUUUUUCAAAUUGGUCUGGCUUUGCGCUUAAGACAUUCUACUCUUGAUGUCGGUCGUGUUAUUUAUUGUGUCGACUGUAUUUAUUGGUAUUUACGAAUAUUAAACAUCCUUGGUGUAAAUAAAUAUUUUGGUCCUUUAGUUACAAUGAUGGGAAAAAUGGUAAAAAAUAUGACAUAUUUUGUGGUGCUUUUAAUAGUAGUAUUAUUGAGUUUUGGAGUUACUAGACAGGCAAUUUUGAAUCCUAAUGCUGAACCCAAAUUUAGAAUUAUUCGUGAUAUAUUUAUGGAACCAUAUUUUAUGUUAUAUGGAGAAGUAUAUGCAGACAAUAUAGAUCCUGAUUGCGGAGACGAGCCAGGAAUGAUUCCAUGCUUACCAGGCCGCUGGAUUACACCAGCUGUAAUGUCUAUUUAUCUUUUAAUUGCAAAUAUAUUAUUGAUAAAUCUUUUGAUUGCGGUAUUCAAUAAUAUUUUCAAUGAGGUAAACGCGGUGGCGCACCAAGUUUGGAUGUUCCAGCGUUUUACUGUUGUUAUGGAAUAUGAACAAAAACCAGUUUUGCCUCCUCCACUCAUUGUAGUUUGUCACAUAUAUCUGGUGGUGAAAUAUUUGCUGCGAUAUAUAACACAAGGAAAAGCAAGCAGUGGUGAAACAUAUGACAAUGGAUUGAAGUUAUUCUUAGAAGCAGAUGAUAUGGAACGCCUCUAUGAUUUUGAGGAAGAUUGUGUUGAAGGAUAUUUUCGUGAGCAAGAAUUGAAACUGCAGAUGUCUACGGAAGAACGUGUUAAAAUUACUACAGAAAGAGUAGAGAAUAUGCAUUCAAAGAUCGAAGAUAUUGACAAGAAAGAAAAUACUCAAAAUGCUUCACUUCAGGCAGUAGAAUUUCGUAUCCGCAAAUUAGAAGAAUUAAAUGAACAGACUUUAGCACACCUAGGAGUUAUCCACCGAUUCAUGGCUACUCAUAUGCCCAAUAUAGAGAGUUUAUCAAAUUUUGAUAUAGAAAGUCGUCAGCGUAGAGUAUCAGAACGCUCAGAAGUUCUCUCAGAAACAGAUUCUCAUACACAACUACCGACUAUCACGGCUAAACGCAAAAGAUUAGUUCGAUCAAUGACUGAUGCUACAUUUCUCAAUUUAGGCUCAUCAUUAGAUGAUGAUAUAAUGAAACAUUCAGAAACUAUUAUGUCUCGUGAAAACUUGAGUAGAAAUGAAUCUUCUAUAAGUGGAGAUGGACAUAUUAUUCAAGAUGAUAUAAAAACAACUACAAGCCAGGAAACUGAAUUCAGCAAAAUUGAUGGUGAAAGAGAAACUAUAAAAAAAGAUUCACAAUCGGAUAGUAGAGAGACAAGCAGAGAACCAAGUGAAGAGCCAAGUAGUAAAGAACCAAGCACGGAUCCAAGUAGACAAACAAGUAGAGAAUUGAGUAGAGAAACAAGUAAAGAUGCUACAAGUAAAGAACCGAGCAGAGAAGCCAGCAGUGAAGCACCAGCUUCAGAACCUAUUAGACAAGAUUCUAUUGAACGACCUAUCAGACAAAACAGUAGAACGCGUUCAGAAUCAGAUGACAUAAUGAUAUUACCUUCUAGUAUAUCAAGAGGUGUGACCUGGGCGGAACCGCGUGUUGCAGUGAUUCCAUCAGUGUCUUCAACAAAUACGCAAAGAUCUAUUCUACUUGCUAUGCGUGCUGAAUAUACAAGUAUAACGGAUGAGUUGGAAAGUUAUUGUGGUCUUUUAAGUCCACCUCGAACACCGCCAAUUUCUCCACCACCUUCAAGGGUUAGAAACUUGUCCGAAAUGUCAAAUCCUGAAAUGGCUUGGCAAAUUGAGAAUGAACAUUUACGUGAUGCUGAGGAAUGCGAUUAUCAACAAAUGGAAGAUCUGAUACAGAGAAGAUAUAUUGCAGAUGAUGAACCUUUGCAUGUUUCGGAUGAAGCUAGCGGUAGUUCAUUCUUCAUAUCGAAUGAAUAUAGACAUCAACUUCGAAGAAUUUCUGCCAUCGAUGAAGAGUCACGAAGACCUCCGCCUACUAUUAGUGUGACCAGGGAAAUUGAACAAACGCUUUCAAGGCCACCAAUCCGAGAUUCAGAAAAUUCAGAUCCAAAUGACAAGAAUUUGAGUACGGUACCUGCUCCAGCAUCAGAAACUAUGUGUUAAAUAGUACAAUUUUCUGCAGGUAAUCUUAUCUUAAUAUAUCUUAUGAAUUGAUUUGAUUCAAUGAGAUUGUACAAGUUGAAGCUACAAUGAAAUAUAUUUUCAGUUAUAUUUUCUUUAUUCAUUUUAAUGCUGAAAUGUAAGAAAAUAAAUAAUACAAUAUUUUAAAUGAAGAAUGUUUUAAAAUUAAAAUAUAUUUUUAUAUUUUUAAUAAAAUUUUUAUUUCAUUGUAGCAUAAAUGCAUGCAAUUUAAGUAAAAUACAUUUUUCUAAUUACAUACUUGAAAAAUUAUAUUCGAAAUUUAUAAAUCUUUUCUUAUGAUAUUUUAAUUGUAAUUUUUAAUACAAUUUUUAGAUAUUUUUAUUGCGUUUGUAUGAAUAGUUUGAUUAUUUUUAUCCAUAAAGUACUUAAAUGCACAUGAAUUUGUACAUAUAAAUAUUAAAACUUGUUCAUAUCUCAAUCAAUUCGAAUACUUAAAUGUUUACAUUAGAAUUAGUAAUUUUUAAUCGAUUUUAAUUCAUCAUAUACAAUUUUUAAAUAAUUUAUUGCUAUAGUAUAAGAUUAUAAAAAUAUUUGAUUUUUAUCAUUCAUAUUUGUAUAUUAGAAAAAAUUUAUAUAAUAAUAUUUAAUAUACGUGUAUUACAAUUUAUUUAAAAAUAAGUCUUGUAAAGCAUUCAAUUAUUUCUUCAUAAAAAAUAAUAAUUACAAAUUUUAUGUAUAUACAUAUAUAUAACUUAAUUAUUAAUAUUUUAUUGCAAACAUAUAAUUAGCAGAAUUUAAUCAAUUAUAAUUAAUUUAUUUAACUAAAUAAUUAAUGCUAGAUUAAAUUAUUUUAUAUUUUUUAAAAAUAAUUUUUUUUAAAUCUUUUUUUAAAAAUAAUUAAAAGGAUUUUAUAUAUAUUAUCGUAUCGUAUAUGCAGUUAAUAUUAAUAAUAUUAAUUAUAGUGUUUAUAUGCAUAAUAAUUUAUCUUAAUGUUACAAUAUUCAAUAAUUGGAUCAAUUAAGUUAUCAUAACACAUGUGGCAAUUAUUUCAAAUAUUUGAAAAUUAUUAUUUCUUUAAAUAAUUAAUAUAUUUUAAUAAAAACUUUCUAAUAUGAUUUUUGAUAUAUAAAUAUUUUAAUUAUUAUUUAUAUUAUAAAUGAUUUCAAAGGUAAAUGAUUAUGAAGUUUAAACAUUUAGAAGUUUAAACAAUUUUUAAUUAUCAAUCAUUUUUGAAUUUUUGAAUUUAUGUUUGUAAUUAUACCAUUAAUUAAAUAUGAUUUCUUUGGCUGUUCAAAUAUUGGAAUUAUUAUUCAUUUUUAAAAUUCGUUAAUUAAAUUUUUAUGAUAUAUGCGGUUAAACAUAUAAUUACUCACAAAAUUGAGCGUCAUUUAUAAUAAUUACAAAAAUUAGAAUAUAAAUAUAAUCAAUAGAAAUAUAAAUAAUACAGACAUGUUCAAAAAUAAUAUUUUAUUUAUAUAUAUGAAUAAAUAAUAUAUAACAAAAUUUUUAAAUAACAUAUAUUUAUUUUAUAAGCAAUUUCGAUUUAAAUUUAUUUUUUUAUUAUGUAAAGAAACUUCCAAAAAUUAAAUUUAUUCUUGAAUUUAUCUUAAUUUAUUGGCAAUCUUAAUUUAUUGAUAAUCUUUAUGAUUCAUUCAUCACAGUUCAAUAAUAAUUUUUUUAAUUAGAUAUAUUUUGAACUACUUCCUAUUGAAAUUUAUAUAUAAUUUUUUUAAUAGUAAAAUUUAUUCUACUACCACAUAUUUUAUCUUUAUUUUACUUAUCUUAUUUUAUAUAAAGAUUUAAUUUUUAAAUAUAAUUUUGCAUUGCAAUAUUAAUUUUUUGUUUCUUAUUAGCCAUUUUACAUUGGAUUGUCAAUUUAUGCAACAAUUGAUUUUUUAAAUUGUUUACAAUAAUAGUUUAAAAAAUAUACGCUCAAUUUUUUGAGGAAAAACUGUACAUAUGUAUUUAUUUUAAUGAAACUUCUAACAAAAAAUCUUUCUAAAAAAAAUUAUGUUCCGAAAAAAUUUAUAUUGCGACUUAUCUAAAUCAAGUACAAUAUUAUACGAAUGUUAUUCAAGUUCCUUCCAUUUUCUAAAUUAUAUAUUUUUCAAUUUUUUUAUGCGCACAUACAUACAAUUUAUUUGUUAUUAUAUAUUAUAACAACGUGAAAAUUCGUUGUUUUUCCCGUCCUUUAUUCUAUUCGAUGGAAUUAAUCAUAAUUUUUUAAUUUUUUCGUUUAUUCGAAAAAAUACUUUAUAAAAUUAUAAGAAAACUAUAUAUGGAGUGUAAUUAUAAAAAAAGUGCCGGAUGAAAUAAUUAUAAAUAAACAAAAAAAAACUUGAAAAAUAUAAUAAAAUUAAAAAUAAAAUUAUAUAUCAUUGAAAAUAUAUGAAAAUAUAUUAAUUUUUAAAUAAUUUAAAUUUUAAUUAUGAUAUAAUAUAUUUAAAUUAUGCAAAUAUUGAAAAUCAAAAUGAUUAUAAUUAAUAUUUUUUUUAUAAAGUAUUUAAUUUAUAUAUUCAAUCAAUUCAUUCCAUUAAUAAUUAUAUUGCAAAAAAAAUCUAAAAUAUUUUUGAAAACAGUUUUUUUUUAUAUUUUCAUAGUAUUAAUAUAAAAUUACAUAAUUCUAUUUGAAAAAUACAAUAUGUUUUUAGAAAAAAUAAUGCGAUAAAAAUAAUAAAAAGUUUAGUUAUAUUUUUUUUUAGCAGAAUAAUUAUUUUAAACGACACUUAUUUUGAUAUACUCUAUAUAUAUAUAUAUAUAUAUACAUGAAUAUAUAUGACUAUAUAAUGAAAUCAAAUAUUAUUUUAACAACGAUAAAAAUCAAUAAUGCAGUUUCACCUAGUUUUGUUAAUCAAGAAUUUUUUUUCUUUUUUUUUUUUUGAGAAAUAUAAAAAAAAGUACGUUUUAUAUUUUUUAUUAAUAUUACUUUAGAAUAUUAAUAAUGUCUUUAGCAUUAAAAAAAAUUAUAUACUUUAAACAUAUUCAAAAAAAAAAUAAUAAUAAGAGAACAAAAUUCAAUACCAAUUGUGUUCAAAGAUUUAAUCGAAAAAUUAGGUGAAACUUGGUUAUUGAAAUUCUCAAUGUAUACAUAUACACACAUAUACAUAUUGAUACUGAUGCAAUGUUUUUUAAAGAAUAAGAAAUAACAUUUUUCAGUCAUGUAUAUGUAAUACCAGAGCGAAUGAUUAAAAAAUACACCGAAGGGAAUUAAAGCGGCGUAUGCUUAAUCAAAUAUUAAGUACUUAGCAUAAAAAUAAAUCACAUAAUUAUAAAUUUAUGAAAAAUAUUAUAUUGGCUUUAAGUACGAUUUCGUUUCGGUAAAUUGAAGCCAAAAGAUCUUUUCAGAUCCGAAAACGAGAUCGAUUUUUAAUGUAAAUAGUUCCCUAAUAUUUACAUAUAAAUGUGACGUAAUAUGCAGCUUUAUUAUCUUUCAGGCACGUGCGAAUAGUUUCGAUUGAAAAUAAAAGAAAUCAAAUCAUUGUUAAACUUUUAUGUUUAACAAAGAUUUAAAUGCUAACAUUAUUAAUACAUUAUGUUAUUAUUAUAUAAAAAAUGAUUGAUUUUGAUGGUAUAUAUGAAAAAAACCGUCCUCGAACAUAUUAUCAUUCCAAUAUAUAGACGCAAUUGCAUACAUGAAAAUGAACAUUAAAAUAAUUUAAAUAUGAAUUAAUAUCACGCUAUAUUAAAUUCUUGCUUUUUAAGAUAUAUAAUCUGUUUAGAAAUAUACCGAAAUCGUAAAUCAAUAUUUAAUAAACAAUAUAUAACAAAAUAAUAUAUUUGAAUACUAUUACAAAUUUGUAUUGUAAAUUGCCAAAAUAAUUGUUGGUUACAUUCUUUGUAAGAACUAUAUGUACUUAUGUUUUUUUAUGUCAGUAUUUUAUUUAUCGAAUAGAACUGUUCAUAUCAAAUAGUUCAUAAAAUUUCUUUGCACAAUUUUAUUUCCAUUUUCGUACAUACUAUUGCUAAGAAACAGAAAAUCGACAAAUUUUGACGAGAAAUCGUAUUUUAAUAUUUUCUAAUCCUAUUUACCACUAAUAUUGACACAAUAAUAUUAAACAAAAAGCAAAUCAUUAUAAAUUACCAUAAUCAUUAAAAAAAUUACUAUUAGUAUUUUUUCAUUGCAAUAAUGAGGACAAAGUACAAUAAAUUCUGGAAUUUAUUAUAGUACUGAUUUUAGACAUAUUUGCGAUUUUCUCAUAAUUGUAUAUCGAUAUAAACGCAAAGUAUCAUUGAGCGAUUCGCACGCGUCUAUCGUCAUUACUGCCGAAACAUUUUUAUGAAUUUUUUGAAUGUAUAUUUAGGGCCUUAUCACGCACUACCUAUUGCGUCAAACACAAAAUAUACGGACCACUUAAAACCAAAAUAGAAAGAAUAAAAAAACAAAAACCAUAAUAAAUGAACCAUAUCACGCGGAUAAUUAAGUUCUUAGAAACGAAAGUCAAUCCGUGUUAAUAUAUGUAUAUCUAUCUGAUAUGCAACUAAUAAGCAAAACACAAUAUUUAUCGUCUAACAUAAAAGUAACAAAAAUGUAAACGAUAAACAAAUGAAUAUGCCUAAUUAUAUGUAUAAAAAUUGUGUAUAUUUAGUAAAUAUGAAUGUUCGUUUUAAGAUGCGGACAAAACGAGGCAAAUUUAAGACUGUAUCACAAGAAAAUAAACGCUUGUUUACUUAUUUUAUUCUAGAAUCGGUAAAUAUAAACGAGCGUAAUGAAUUGUUAAUAUAAAAUCCAAUAUAAAUAGUGAUGCAAUGUCUAUUUAAAAAUAUUAAAUUUAUUAUUGAAUUUAAGAAAGAAAUAAUUGAUUCUUUCUAAAGGAAUUGAAUUUUUAAUUUUUAAAUCGAAUUUGGUAAUAACAGUAAUAUUAAUUAAUUUUAUUUAAAAAUAAUAAAUUUAUUAUUCAUUUAUAUAGAAUUUGUUAUUAAAUAUUAUUGUUAUUUAAUAUUAAAUAUUUUAGUAAUAUUUAAACUUUAGAAAAGUUUAAUCUCUGUGAAAACUAUCUGUAUGAUGGUAACACUGUCAUAAUUGGUAAUAUUGAUUGCUAGUAUUAGAUUAUCGAUUCAUUUAGACAAGAAUUAAUAAAUUGAAUUUUUCAACAUUGCCCAACGAAUUAAAAUGAUAUUCGUGAAAAAAAGUGAAUUAAAACGAAAAGGUGCUAUUGUGUAAAUUAAGCCUUAUAUAAAUAAUCGAUAAUUGGAACGAUCAAGCAUCGAACACGUUUGCGAUUUAUCGAUAAUGAUAUUGUACAUAUAUUUCCAUAAAAUACUUGGUUAUAAAUUUAAUUCGAUAAAUAUCAAAUUGUUUGAAAAAUUUUCAAAAACAAUUUUUCUUUCUCAUUUUUUUCUCAUAGCAAAUUACAUAUAUUCUACAACGUUAAUGUUUGCUAUCAAAUAUUUUCAACAGUUUUUAAGAUUUUAACAAUAAGAUAUCAAUACAAGCGAUGAAUCGAAUGAUAGAAGAAAUACAACGAGGUUACAAUCAUAAUAACAUAUUUUAAUGAAAAUUUAAAUUGUGUAAUCUUGAAUAGUACAAAAUUAACGAAAGUAAAAUGUAAGUAAAAAAAUUAAAAAAAUAUGUUAAAUAAUUUUUUUUUAUGUAUUAAUCGCUAACAUUCGUUUUUCAAUAUCUCGCUGUAUUUCUUUUACGAAAAAUAUAUCUUAAAUAAACGAUUAUGUAUCCAAUAUUAAAAUCGCCAUGGUUUACUAUAACAAUUGUCACCUAUGUGCGAUAUAAAAUCAAAUUUGCUCAAUGUAUUUUGUGCAUCAUUCUUAAGCAUAUAUAAGCUUAUUUGAGUACAAUUUUUUUUUUUACUUAAAUUAAAAAAAGAAAGAUACGGAAGUAUUGAAAACAUUUUAAAAUGAUCUAUUUAUUAUUUUUUUCUUUUUAAUAAACAGAUUCUGUAGUUUUAAAGAAGUUAUAAUGGAUUUAUAGAUAAUCAUUUUUUAAGGUACCAAAGGUUUUUUUUUCUUAUGCUUAUUUCUCAUUAUGGAAACACAAAUUGCUUAUAUAUGUCCGUCAAAAUCAUAUAAAUGAUUGAGCCUGAAUAUAUGUUAUAUUAUAUUUAUAAACAAAUGCAUAAUACUUUGUUGAUGACAAUGUUUCAUUAUAUAUCAUUCAAAACAAUUACAAAUGAUUCAUAAAACAUCAAUCAUUUUUCAUUGUCAUGCAUUUAAUCGCAAGCUCAAAACUUUUUUAAAAUAUUGACUUAUAUAAGCAAUAAAAUUACAAAUUUACUCAAAAUAUUUCACGAGAAGAAAUAAUAAAUAAAUAUUUUCUUAUAUUUGUUAUAUUUAAGUUUAUAAAGCUCAAACAACUAUUUUUCAGAGUUUAAUUCAUUCUUUAUUUAAAAACAUAUUUAUUUAAUUAUUGUUUUAAACAAUAUAUUAAAUAUAUUUAUUUUAUGAGACGUAAUAUUAAUAAUUCGUAACUAUUGUGAUAAAUUUUGCACCUCUUUUUGAUCGAUAUUUAUGUAGCCAUAUAAUUAUUAUUAAUCAUAUAAUUAAAUAUAAUGAGGUUCGAAUGAAUUUUAUGUUUAAAAACAAUCAGAAAAAUUUUACAUUUAAAAAAAAUCGGAAAAUUACAUGAAUAUAUAACAUAUGAUGAACGAGAUUCAUAAUGAAAAAAUAUUUGAUGUAAAGAAUAUAUAUAUUUUUAAGAUAACUGAAAUAAUAUUGUUAAACAAUGUUCCUUCACUUCGUUACCUUUAUAUAUUAUUAAUAAUAACAAUUUCCUAUAAACAUAUAUAAUGUAUAAAUAAAAUGGGGAAAAAAUAACAAAGACGAAAAAUUAAAAAUUGCAAUAUAAUGGAUUAUAGUUUUUCAAAAAUGUCCAGUUUUACAUUAUAUCUGAUACUGAUUGUCUUUUUAUGUUUUUAAUCCUUGAAAAAAAAUAAAAGAAUUAAUUAUUGGAACAUAGUGCGAAACGAAACAAUAAUUAGACAAUAAAGAACAGUUCUAAAAAGCAAUCAUGCAAAGGAAAACGUUGCGUCUCAAAUUUAAAGAACUUUCACUUCUGACUGAAAAUAUAUAAAAAAAAAAAUCUUUGAAUUUCAUAUUUUUUUGUAGUACUUUAUUCUUUUGAGGUUAUAUUGUUUACAGAAAUUCGAGUCACGUGAACGUUUUCUUAUAAUGCUAUAUUACAAUCAUUAAUCGUAAAAGAUAAUCAUAAUCAACAAGGAUUAAAAUCAUGAAAAACUGUUUGUUAAACUUUUUGACAUGUAAAUAUCUCGAAUAUUAUAAAUAUAUUCAUGUUUUCAUCCACCCAUUAAUCAAUUGUAUAUUAUACAAUAUAAUUGUAUAACACGAUAUAAUUGAUAGAAAAAAAUCUUGAAUUAUUUGUUGUUUCUCAAUAAAAUUGAAUAUAUGUAAAUUUUUAUUCUUUUGAGCUCAAAUCUUUUGAAUAUGAUUUAAAAAAAAUGUUAAAUGUUUACCAUAUCAUAAAAUAAUGAUUUUUAACUAAUAAUAAUAAUAAUGAAUAAUAAUUUUUAAAUAUUGUUAAAAACAGAAGUUUUGUCGAAUGUUUUUAAUUGAUUUCAUGAAAAUACUUUCGAAACAUUUUUAAUUUUUAUUAAAGUUAAAGUUACAAGCCAAUUGAUUUUUGGGAAUUAUUAUUUUUUAUUUUCUCAAAUAGAAAAUAUGAAUCUAUAAUCGUCCAACAUUGUUAUAACAUUUGCUUAAGAAAAAAUAUGAUUGACUAUAUAUCGCUGUAUCGUCAAUUAAAUUUUAUAAGAUACUUUGUAGUAAUUUCUAUCUUCUAAAUGGAAUUAAUCUAUUCCGUCUUCUUACACAUUCAGCAUGCUUAUUAUUCUACACAUAUAUUAUAACGAUUUACGAAUCUGAUUAAUUUAAAACACACGCUAUAUUAAUUAGGCUAAUUUGCUUACGCGAUAUAUUGUAAAUUCGAAUCUUAUAUUAAUCUAUAUUGACUGGAAUGAUUAAGAAAAAACAAUCGAUUGUAAUAAAGAAAAAAAUAAUAAAUAAAUAAAUAUAUGUAUUAUAUAUAUAAUCUAUGAGAGAAUUUCAAAUUGAUAUAUACAUAUAUAUAUAUAUAUGUAUAUAUUGUAAUUCAAUAUUAAAAUCAAUUAAAAUAUAUAUCUAAUAUCAAAGUA